AUGCCGUCGGCAAACACACCCAAAACUAUGUCCAAAGGACUCAUGGGAAUGAAGUUCAUGCAGCGUGCUGCAGCGAAGUCUUCACCCUCAUCGCCCGCGACACCAAACGGACCUCCUACCAAAAAGGCACGACUCUCGAGUGGCGCCGGCGUAGGGACUUCUGACCAGGAGAUUAUACAGUCAGCAGUGGACGCAGAAGAAGAAAAGCGCCAGGCGGCAUUAGACAAGGCAGCGGAGCAUGCGGGUGAGACGAAAUGGGUGCUGAGUUUCAAGGACCCGCUCGAAGGAAAGAGACAAGAUGCAAUGGAGGUUAGGCAAGCGGGGUUCGCUGAGAUUGAUGCCGAGGACGAAUCAGAAGAGGAAGAGAUCAAGCCCGUGAGAAUGCAGUUUGGAGGUGGUGUGAAGAAGCCAGAAAUACAAGUACCUUUUGUAAAAACCGAAGGCUCGGAAUCUGGGUCUGAGUCUUCAUCCGACGAGUACGACUCGGACGAUCCUACCGCCGAUCUCAUUAGGCAGACGAAGCGCGAGAUGGCUGCAGAGAAACGAGAAAAGAAGAAGCACGCAGGCUCAUCAAAUGAGACGCCAAACGGCUUGAGCUCUAUCUCAGGCGGUCGACGGUCUGGAGGUCUUUCUAGACCACCUCCUAACAUGGACAAUGUUGACUGCUUCAAUUGUGGGCGUAAAGGACACAUGGCCGCAGGCUGUCCAAAGUCGUCGACACCACGGGGAUCUGCAGGCAGGGGCAGAGGUAAGGGCCGGAGAUAG